AUGACGAAUAAUAACGAAAAUAAGAAAUUCAAGAAGGAUAAAGAAAUUGCCUUGGAGCUUGAGAACCAAAUUAAAGACGUUAAACACCAACUGUCUGAACAGUUGAAAUGUCUAGACGGCCGUCUGGAAAGCCACACUGCCAUGCUGAACGAGCUCGGGGAGUUCUAUCAGAGACGGGCUGAGGCCGAGUUGGAGUACUCCAAGAGUCUAGACAAGAUCGUUAGGCAGAUUGUCGCUAGACAUAAAGCCGAGAAACAAAAGCGGGAAAAUUGGCAGAACUUUUCGACGUACAAGCUGUGGCAGGCGAUGUUGCGUUGCACGACUAGGCAGUCUCAGCAUCACGCCUCCUUCUCGGACUCGCUCAACAACGUCGUCGCAAUCAAGUUUCAGCAACUGAAGGAUGAUAUGGCGCGAAUCUACAAGAAGUGUCACGAAAUAGCUGGCAGUCUGCAUGCGGAACUACACAAGUCCAUGACUGAACUGCAUAGCAUCUACCACAACGAGAGUCAGCAGUUGGAUUUGAAGCUCUCACGCGUCGAAACGCACAGAACACGCUUCGAGCAGACUAACAAAAAGGGUAGCUCCAGUAAAAAACUCAUAACCUUUGACAAGAAAACGGAGAAGCAACGGAUAAAAACGCAAGAGGGCAACCUGAAGGCCCAUAAGGCCCGCAACGAGUACUUGCUCUCUAUCGAUAGCACGAACGCUGCCCUUAGGAAAUAUUUCAUUGAUGACCUGCCAGAUAUUAUCAACGCUAUGGAUUACAGCUACCACAUAAGUUUAGGCCAUUCUACCAUCAUCUGCGUUGAGUUAGAAGCCACUAUGGAUAAGUUGAAUGCUGAGAAUCUCGUUCUUAUUUCAUCUAAGAUAACAGAAAUUCAGUCGAACAACCAGCUGAGAGAUGAGAUGGUGUCGAGAGUUCAAACCAUCACAGAUAGGCUACAUUCACUCAAACUCGAGAAUGAUGAGCUCUGGAAGACUCUGGAAACGACGGACAACAGCAUGGUGGCGAAGCUGACCACACAAGAAGUUGAUGUGGCCGAUGUGUUUGCCUCACCGGGCACCAAACUGACCUUCACUAAAAACAAUCCGGAUUAUGAAAAGCAGAUGAAGGAGUGGCUGGAGACCCAGGAAUUUUAUUUUAAUAAAUUCAAGAACUACGAGCUGAACAGCAACCUGGUGGCGAGGUUGCACGCGAAAUGUUUGGCGCUAGAAAAAGUGCUGGCCAUCACCAAAGAUGAUAAUCAAAAGUAUAUUGGAGUUAAUAUAAAAAGGCUAAGUUCCGGUCAUAACAAUCGACCAAUCAGAAAGAAGGCCCUCGGUAAAUAUGCUCUUGAGAGCAAGCCCAAGCUUUUUGGUGGGAGCGUACGGGAAUAUGUUAAUGCAACAGGCGAAGAAAUCCCAUUAGUAAUUCGCAGCUGCACAAAGAUAAUCAAUCUAUAUGGUAUGCAUCAUCAAGGUGUAUUCAGAAUACCGGGACUUCAACAUGAGAUAAAUGAGUACAAAAAGAUGUUUGAAAAAGGGGAAGAGCCCAUCCUGACGAAAGUUGAGACGAGGGAUAUCAACUCAGUGGCCGGGGUUCUGAAGCUUUAUUUUAGGGAGCUGAGUGAGCCGCUUUUCCCGCUUCAGAUUUUUGACGAGUUGGUGGCCUGCUCUAAGUAUAAUAUCGAAGAUGCCGAUGAAAAGAAGAAAUGCAUUGAAAGAAUACAGGAACUACUACUACCACUACCAAGGACCAAUCUCAGCGUUAUAAGAUACCUCUUUGCUUUCCUCAACCACAGCCUUUCAGAAUACAGUGACGAGAACAUGAUGGACGCCCACAACCUGGCCGUCUGCUUCGGUCCCACACUACUUCCCGUCCCUCCGGAUCACGAUCCUGUCAACCAUCAAAACCAAAUCAACGAUCUCAUUGAAAUCCUGAUCGUCUACCAUGAACUUAUUUUCCCCAAGGAUCAUUCCAGUUCCUCAGGGGGCGUGGUCUACGAAAAGUUUAUCGUUGAUGUGACCUUGAGGAGUCGGUGGACACCC